GAGGCUCACACAGGAAGUUUCAAGACCAAGUUGCAGUAUAGGAACACCCCCGUGUAUGAAAGGUUGAGCUGAAGCUGAUGACUUUACAUUAGAAAGCAGCUCAUGAGAUAUGACAGAGGUAUCGGAUUUGGGAGAGAAGAUUAGAGAUCAUGUCUGCUCAAAGAACAAAGCAAAGCCUUGAUUCACAUCGCUUGGUAGUUAACCAAAGUGAAACACCCAAGGCAGACGAGUUCCAUGUAGCAGGCGAUACUAAUGUACCACAACCAGAAGGAGAUACGGGACCAUUAAGUGUAUCGUCUAGUUCUCACAGUUCACAGUCUGAAACGCAGCCUCUUACUUCAGCAAACAGAAGAAAGCUGGGGUCCAGACGAAGAAAUAAACAGCAACAACAUGUGAAGGACUCAGCAACCGAGAAACAGGACAAACCUAGAGAGGAACUUGAGGGAAACACCAAGUGUAAUGAAGCCCUCGAAACAAAACAACCUGAGAGGCAGGAAGAGUUAAAUAAUCAAGGUAGCGAGCAUGACUCAUCUGUAACACGUGGCAGCUCUUUAUGGUCAUCCACCACCUCUGGUUAUUCUUGUGAAGUUCAGGUCCCUUCAACAAAAAACCCAGAGGACAUCCCAGAAAUUCUGAUUCUAAAAAGUGGAAAUAAACACGCAGACAAAGAUGAGAAACCGUCUUAUUCUUAUGGCUUAGUGGAAACCAAGCUGGAAGUGACUGGUGCAGCUGCCUUUCUUCAGAGUGAGGAAAUCAAAGAAAAUACUGCUAGCAGCUCUGACUUGAUUAGCUCUCUCAGUGUGACAGAAAUUGAAAAGAGAAGAGAGGAAGAGUCCGACCUGUUAAGGCAGGAUGUGAUUGUUGAGGGCAACUAUCUGAAGGGUGAGUCACAUGCACAAUCUAUAGACACAAGGUUUUCUACGACACCAGAGGUAACCACCGACAAAUACAACCCCAAACAAAAUACUGAACUUGCAGAUAUUCAAAAUGAGAACUUCUCCCUUCAUUUGGACUCCCAGCUUCAGGAUUGCUCCGCCAGUACAAAGGAGAGCACUGACACCAAUUUCAGCACAUCAGUGAACCGAAGAAAACUGGGGUCUACUCGCAGAAAUAAAAGGCGACAGCAUGUUAAGGAUCCUGUCACUGAAUCUGAAGAGGAACCUGUUGAAAAGUUUGCGGGUUUUGACUUCUUUGAAACAGCAACAGUUUCAUCAUUAACAGAGACAGAUGUGAAGUCUGUGGAAACCAUGCUGGAAGGAAUGAACAGAUCUCCCACUGAUGAAAUUGAAAGAAAAGAAACUGCACAUGUUGGCAUCUCUGAGUUAAAUAGUUCAAAUUUCCUUGCAACUUCCAGUGAACCACUGAUGAACCAAUCAAAUGUCAGGGAGAUGCCACAUGAGCUUGCCAGUUUGUACUCUGAAACAAAUGCGGAAGGUAAAGAAAGAGAAGAGGAUGCAGACUUGUCAAAGCCGUGGGGGAGUUUUCGCUCCAGUGACUUGACGAAUGAGUCACGUGUGAAAUCAGACUUAGUGUGCCCUAUGAAUCUAGAGACACCCACAGAAGAAGACCACGGAGAACACACAGAACCUGAGCGCUUUGUUGAGUUAGCAAUAGAUUCAUCACCAAACGAGGAGUUGUCUACAAAUGAGGAACAGAAUGAGCUUUUCAGUUUAUCUGAAGUCAGUGGACCUCAGGACUUGUAUGAAGAGGAGGUUAAACCUGCAGAAAUACAUCAUUCCUUUGAUGGUGCGAAUUCUGAAAUCGGUUUGGCAAACCUGACAGACCAAGCUGAAGUCGGUGACUCAUCCAGAUCUGAGUCAAGUGUGAAGGGGGUGGAAGAUUCAGUUACUGAGCAGGAAGUCUCAAAACCUGAUUAUAAACAGGACGAGCCUCCUGAAAUGCAAAGCAAUGUGGAGGCUUUCAAACAGAUGAUUGAAGAUGAUCAAGUAUAUGAUCCAAAGAAACCAGAGACCAGUGACAUGGAGGGACUGGACACUGCAUUCGUUCAGGUAUAUGAAGAUGAGGGGCAAUUAGAGGAUGAUAUAAAACCCAGCCUGGAACAAACAAAUCAGGAGAAAGAAGGAGUCCCCACUGACAUGACUGAGAGCAAAUCUCCUCUAGAGAGCGCGGAAUCCGAAACACUCGCUCCUUUUGACUCACAACCUCAGGACACUUCAUUAAUAAUAGAUGACCAAAACAACACCGACUUCAACCCAAUUAGCAACAGAAGAAAACUGGGUUCUAGUCGUAGAAAUAAAAGACAGAAGAUUGUGGAGAGCCCUGGUGUUGAAUCAGAGAUGUCAUUAAUGCUACAUACAGAAAUUCAACAAAUAUCAAUGCAAGUGAUGCAGGAAGGAAGGGACAAAGCGGACCCAUCUCAGACUGAAAAUGUCUGUAAUGAAAAUCAAGAAAAUGCAAAUAGUAGCCACACUGGAUUAAGUAGUGUUAGUGUACAUUCAAGUUCUCCAGUUGAGCAACAGGUGACUGAACAACCAAAUUCCCCAGCCAGCACUUACUCUCCAGUAACAGAUACAGAAAGUAAACAGGACACAGAUCUUUUAAUGCGGUGGGGAUUUUUACAGGCCGACAACUCGCUGUAUGAAACCCAUUUAAAAGCAGAGAGUUUGGAGUCAUCGACCAAACCUGAGAUAACCACAGAGAAAAGCAGCUACAGAGAACAUACAUGGCCUAAAUAUGGAAUUGAGCAAGUGGCAGAUUCAUCACCAAAAGAGGAGAUGUCUCCAAUGGAGAGUCAAAAUGAACAUUUGAGUUCAUCUGAGGUCGGAGGUGCGCAGCACUCUGAGGAUUUUGUGGAGGAAGUGCAUAACGAGGAAGUAAAGCCAAUACACAUGCAGACAAUGCAUCAAAUCGAUGACUCCUCAAUUGAGGAAAGCAACCCCUGUUUACAAACUCUGGAAUCAGAAACAAAGUCGCCUUUUGAUUCACAACCUGUGGAUAAUUCUGUGAUAUACAAAGAGGAAACUCAGACGGGCUUCAAACUCACAGGGAACAGAAGAAAACUGGGGACAAGCCGAAGACUUAAAGGAAGACGGCACGGCCCAGAGAUCACUGAACCAGAAGAGGAGGUUGUAGAAAAUACCUGCAAUGAUGAAGAAAAGACUGAAAAAGAAACAGUCCCAACAGGAACAAUAAGUCAGGAAGAAUUGAAAGAGCAAACCAGCCCAGAAUUCAAUCUCAAAAAGAAAAUAACAUCAGCUGUCGAGGAGCAGGAAAACACAGAAGAAAUGCCAGAGGAAGAUACAACUCUGUCCCUGAGUAUGAUGGACAACAGAACAACAGUGACAACAGACUUUCUCUAUUCUACUGAAGAAGUCAAAGAGCCAGCAGAUUUAACUCCACUUCCAGUUUUUAAUGUAGUUCAAAUGGACUUGAUUCAAGCUGUGCAAGCCUCAGUUUGGAAUGAUAAUUCAGACUCACAAAAUAUCUCAAAUCAUGAUGACAAUGUCAUGACCAAAUCUGUCCCAUCUGACGUACUCGACCAAGAAGAGACCUCUCCCAUCCCAAACACAGAAUCUUCACCUUGUGACGAUGACUCAGCGGGACGAGACAUUUGUGUACAACAGACAACUAACGUGAAUGAAUCUGAGGGAGAUGUCGUGUUAAACGAAGCAAAGAGUGUAAUGGCUGUACUAGGCUCUGAGGAGGUUGACGUGGAAGAAGAACGCAAAGAUCCUUUCAAUAAAGACCAUUUGGCUCAAACAACAAACACUUCAAUUGAAGUCAAACCCGAUGAACCUUUUUCUGCUGCACAAAAUGAAACGGAAACAUUUGAAAUUGGUCCUGAGGAAAACACAAGAGCAAAGCCAGCUGAGAAAGUUGGGAUUUCUCCAGCAGCAGAUGCAUCAAACAGCCGAGGAGAAACGGACAACCAAGAUAAAACAGAACAUAGUAACUUGGAUGUGGAAGUAGAUGUAAGAAACCUUGAGGUGAUGGAGGAGUUAUCGCCAGUAGUCACAAAAGAGGAAAAUGCCCAUUGGUCUCUGAGUAAUGUGGAUAAAGAAAAGGAAAUUGAUAAAACCAGUUCUGUGCACAAUGAUGGACAAAAGCUGCAAAGCAAUACCUCUGACCUGCAGACAAUAGAGAGUAACAUGAUUCCAAACAGAGAUGAUUCAGUGGCUCUUCUUCCUGAUCAGUCAGCAUUCCACAACGAGGAAUUUGUUAAUCCUGCCACAUUUGUUCAGGGAACUGAUGUAAGGGCUUGUGAGGUAGAUGUAGAUGUUAGUGAGGAGCCAACACAGCAAGAUAAUUUUAGAAGCAAUGAGAUGCAAACAACCUCUGUGGUCAUCGGUAGAAGAAGUCCAUCAAUAAAUGUGUUGCUGCCUCCAAGUACUGAGGACGCUAUCAACACUGACUCUGUUAUUAUAGAAGCUCUACAAAGUGAUAAGCAAAGUCCAGAAGGCAUUAAAGAAGGCCUAACACAGGAACAACCUUUAAUAUCAGUAGAGGCACCAAGUGUUGUUGUGGCAGAUCAGGAGACGUUAGAAUCUGUCAUACAAGAGCCAAACAACGCUCCUGAAGGAGCUCACACAACCAACUUUGAGAUGAAGGAUUCAAAUCCACAUGUCAGUCCCAACAGGCGAAGAAAGAUGGGCUCCACCCGCAGAAACCAUGGAUCACGAUCACAUGUGAAAAACUCACAUCAAGAGCAGACACAUACACAAUCAGAAAGUGUAGAGUCAUCCAGCCAAUCAGAGAAAAGCAGCUACAGAGAAAAUACAGAGCCUAAAUAUGGAGUUGAGCAGGUAGCAUUUUCAUCACCAACAGAGGAGAUGUCUCCAAUGGAGAGUCAAACUGAACAUUUGAGCUCAUCUGAGGUCGAAGGUGCGCAGCACUCUGAGGAUGUUCUGGAGGAAGUGCAUGAAGAGGAAGUAAAGCCAAUACAUAUCGAUGACUCCUCAGUUGAGGAAAGAAACCCCUGUUUACAAACUCUGGAAUCAGAAACAAAGUCGCCUUUUGAUUCACAACCUGUGGAUAAUUCUGUGAUCUACAAAGAGGAAACUCAGACGGGCUUCAAACUCACAGGGAACAGAAGAAAACUGGGGACAAGCCGAAGACUUAAAGGAAGACGGCACGGCCCAGAGAUCACUGAACCAGAAGAGGAGGUUGUAGAAAAUACCUGCAAUGAUGAAGAAAAGACUGAAAAAGAAACAGUGCCAACAGGAACAAUAAGUCAGGAAGAAUUGAAAGAGCAAACCAGCCCAGAUUUCAAUCUCAAAAAGAAAAUUACAUCAGCUGUAGAGGAGCAGGAAAACACAGAAGAAAUGCCAGAGGAAGAUACAACUCUGUCCCUGAGUAUGAUGGACAACAGAACAACAGUGACAACAGACUUUCUCUAUUCUACAGAAGAAGUCAAAGAGCCAGAAGAUUUAACUCCACUUCCAGUUUUUAAUGUAGUUCAAAUGGACUUGAUUCAAGCUGUGCAAGCCUCAGUUUGGAAUGAUAAUUCAGACUCACAAAAUAUCUCAAAUCAUGAUGACAAUGUCAUGACCAAAUCUGUCCCAGCUGACGUACUCGACCAAGAAGAGACCUCUCACAUCCCAAACACAGAAUCUUCACCUUGUGACGAUGACUCAGCGGGACAAGAACUUUGUGUACAACAGACAACUAACGUGAAUGAAUCUGAGGGAGAUGUCGUGUUAAACAAAGCAAAGAGUUUAAUGGGUGCACUAGGCUCUGAGGAGGUUGAUGUGGAAGAAGAACGCAAAGAUCCUUCAAAUGAAGACCAUUUGGCUCAAGAAACAGACACUUCAAUUGAAGUCACACCCGAUGAACCUUUUUCUGUUGCACAAAAUGAAACGGAAACAUUUGAAAUUGGUCCUGAGGAAAACACAAGAGCAAAGCCGCAUGAGAAAGUUGGGAUUUCUCCAGCAGCAGAUGCAUCAAACAGCCGAGGAGAAACGGACAAACAAGAUAAAACAGAUCAAAGUAACUUGGAUGUGGAAGUAGAUGUGAGAAAUCUUGACAGGGUGGAGGUGAUGGAGGAGUUAUCGCCAGUAGUCACAAAAGAGGAAAAUGCCCAUUGGUCACUGAGUAAUGUGGAUAAAGAAAAGGAAAUUGAUAAAACCAGUUCUGUGCACAAUGAUGGACAAGAGCUGCAAAGCAAUACCUCUGACCUGCAGACAAUAGAGAGUAACAUGAUUCCAAACAGAGAUGAUUCAGUGGCUCUUCUUCCUGAUCAGUCAGCAUUCCACAACGAGGAAUUUGUUAAUCCUGCCGCAUUUGUUCAGGGAACUGAUGUAAGGGCUGGUGAGGUAGAUGUAGAUGUUAGUGAGGAGCCAACACAGCAAGAUGAUUUUAGAAGCAAUGAGAUGCAAACAACCUCUGUGGUCAUCGGUAGAAGAAGUCCAUCAAUAAAUGUGUUGCUGCCUCCAAGUACUGAGGACGCUAUCAACACUGACUCUGUUAUUAUAGAAGCUCUACAAAGUGAUAAGCAAAGUCCAGAAGGCAUUAAAGAAGGCCUAACACAGGAACAACCUUUAAUAUCAGUAGAGGCACCAAGUGUUGUUGUGGCAGAUCAGGAGACGUUAGAAUCUGUCAUACAAGAGCCAAACAACGCUCCUGAAGGAGCUCACACAACCAACUCUGAGAUGAAGGAUUCAAAUCCACAUGUCAGUCCCAACAGGCGAAGAAAGAUGGGCUCCACCCGCAGAAACCAUGGAUCACGAUCACAUGUGAAAAACUCACAUCAAGAGCAGACACAUACACAAUCAGAAAGUGUAGAGUCAUCCAGCCAAUCAGAGAAAAGCAGCUACAGAGAAAAUACAGAGCCUAAAUAUGGAGUUGAGCAGGUAGCAUUUUCAUCACCAACAGAGGAGAUGUCUCCAAUGGAGAGUCAAACUGAACAUUUGAGCUCAUCUGAGGUCGAAAGUGCCCAGCACUCUGAGGAUGUUCUGGAGGAAGUGCAUGAAGAGGAAGUAAAGCCAAUACAUAUCGAUGACUCCUCAGUUGAGGAAAGAAACCCCUCUUUACAAACUCUGGAAUCAGAAACAAAGUCGCCUUUUGAUUCACAACCUGUGGAUAAUUCUGUGAUCUACAAAGAGGAAACUCAGACGGGCUUCAAACUCACAGGGAACAGAAGAAAACUGGGGACAAGCCGAAGACUUAAAGGAAGACGGCACGGCCCAGAGAUCACUGAACCAGAAGAGGAGGUUGUAGAAAAUACCUGCAUUGAUGAAGAAAAGACUGAAAAAGAAACAGUGCCAACAGGAACAAUAAGUCAGGAAGAAUUGAAAGAGCAAACCAGCCCAGAAUUCAAUCUCAAAAAGAAAAUUACAUCAGCUGUAGAGGAGCAGGAAAACACAGAAGAAAUGCCAGAGGAAGAUACAACUCUGUCACUGAGUAUGAUGGACAACAGAAUAACAGUGACAACAGACUUUCUCUAUUCUACAGAAGAAGUCAAAGAGCCAGAAGAUUUAACUCCACUUCCAGUUCAUGAUGUAGUUCAAAUGGACUUGGUACAAGCUGUGGAAAUUGCAUCAGCUGUCAAGGACUCUGUUAUUAUAGCAGCUACACAAAGUGAUAAGCAAAGUCCAGAAGGCAUUAAAGAAGGCCUAAUACAGGACCAACCUUUAAUAUCAGUAGAGGCACCAAGUGUUGUUGUGGCAGAUCAGGAGACGUUAGAAUCUGUCAUACAAGAGCCAAACAGCGCUCCUGAAGGAGCUCACACAACCAACUCUGAGAUGAAGGAUUCAAAUCCACAUGUCAGUCCCAACAGGCGAAGAAAGAUGGGCUCCACCCGCAGAAAUCAUGGAUCACAAUCCAAAGUGGAAAACUCACAUCAAGAGCAGACACAUACACAAUCAGAGAGUGUAGAGUCCUCCAGCCAAUCAGAGAAAAGCAGCUACAGAGAACAUACAGAGUCUAAAUAUGGAGUUGAGCAAGUGGCAGUUUCAUCACCAACAGAGGAGAUGUCUACAAUGGAGAGUCAAAAUGAACAUUUGAGCUCAUCUGAGGUCGGAGGUGCGCAGCACUCUGAGGAUGAUGUGGAGGAAGUGCAUGAUGAAGAAGCAAAGCCAAUACAGAUGCAAACAAUGCAUCAAAUCGAUGACUACUCAGUUGAGGAAAGAAACCCCUGUUUACAAACUCUGGAAUCAGAAACAAUGUCGCCUUUUGAUUCCCAACCUUUGGACAAUUCUCUGAGCAUCAAAGAGGAAACUCAGUCAGGCUUCAAACUCACAGGCAACAGAAGAAAACUGGGGUCAAGCCGAAGACUUAAAGGAAGACGUCACGGCCCAGAGAUCACUGAACCAGAAGAGGAGGUUGUAGAAGAUACCUGCAAUGAUGAAGAAAAGACUGAAAUAGAAACAGUGCCAACAGGAACAAUAAGUCAGGAAGAAUUGCAAGAGCAAACCAGCCCAGAUUUCAAACUCACUAAGAAAAUUACCUCAGCUGUCGAGGACUCUGUUAUUAUAGAAACUACACAAAGUGAUAAGCAAUGUCUAGGAGGUAUUAAAGAAGGCCUAAUACAGGACCAACCGUUCAAAUCAGUGGAGGCACCAAGUGUUGUUGUCUCAGAUCAGGAGACGGUAGAAUCUGUCAUACAAGAGCCGAACAACGCUCCUGAAGGAUCUCACACAACCAACUCUGAGAUGAAGGACUCAAAUCCACAAGUCAGUUCACCCAACAGGCGAAGAAAGAUGGGCUCCACCCGCAGGAACCUUGGAUCACGAUCCAAAUUGGAAAACUCACAUCAAGAGCAGACACAUACACAAUCAGAGAGUUUAAAGUCCUCCAACCAAUCAGAGAAAAGCAACUACAGAGAAAAUACAGAGUCUAAAUAUGGAAUUGAGCAUGUGGCAGUUUUAUCACCACAAGAGGAGACGUCUACAAUGGAGAGUCAAAAUGAACAUUUGAGCUCAUCUGAGGUCGGAGGUGCCCAGCACUCUGAGGAUGUUGUGGAGGAAGUGCAUGAAGAGGAAGUAAAGCCAAUACAUAUCGAUGACUCCUCAGUUGAGGAAAGAAACCCCUGUUUACAAACUCUGGAAUCAGAAGCAAAGUCGCCUCUUGAUUCCCAACCUGUGGACAAUUCUGUGAGCAUCAAAGAGGAAACUCUCCCUGGCUUCAAGCUCACAGGGAACAGAAGAAAACUGGGGUCAAGCCGAAGACUUAAAGGAAGACGUCACGGCCCAGAGAUCACUGAACCAGAAGAGGAGGUUGUAGAAAAUACCUGCAGUGAUGAAGAAAAGACUGAAAUAGAAACAGUGCCAACAGGAACAAUAAGUCCGGAAGAAUUGCAAGAGCAAACCAGCCCAGAUUUCAAACUCACUCCGAAAAUUACAUCAGCUAUCGAGGACUCUGUUAUUAUAGCAGCUACACAAAGUGAUAAGCAAAGUCCAGAAGUCAUUAAAGAAGGCCUAAUACAGGACCAACCUUUCAAAUCAGUAGAGGCGCCAAGUGUUCUUGUCUCAGAUCAGGAGAUGGUAGAAUCUGUCAUACAAGAGCCGAACAACGCUCCUGAAGGAUCUCACACAACCAACUCUGAGAUGAAGGACUCAAAUCCACAAGUCAGUUCACCCAACAGGCGAAGAAAGAUGGGCUCCACCCGCAGGAACCUUGGAUCACGAUCCAAAUUGGAAAACUCACAUCAAGAGCAGACACAUACACAAUCAGAGAGUUUAAAGUCCUCCAACCAAUCAGAGAAAAGCAACUACAGAGAAAAUACUGAGUCUAAAUAUGGAAUUGAGCAUGUGGCAGUUUUAUCACCACAAGAGGAGAUGUCUACAAUGGAGAGUCAAAAUGAACAUUUGAGCUCAUCUGAGGUCGGAGGUGCGCAGCACUCUGAGGAUGUUGUGGAGGAAGUCUAUGAAGAGGAAGUAAAGCCAAUACAUAUCGAUGACUCCUCAGUUGAGGAAAGAAACCCCUGUUUACAAACUCUGGAAUCAGAAACAAAGUCGCCUCUUGAUUCCCAACCUGUGGACAAUUCUGUGAGCAUCAAAGAGGAAACUCUCCCUGGCUUCAAGCUCACAGGCAACAGAAGAAAACUGGGGUCAAGCCGAAGACUUAAAGGAAGACGUCACAGCCCAGAGAUCACUGAACCAGAAGAGGAGGUUGUAGAAAAUACCUGCAGUGAUGAAGAAAAGACUGAAAAAGAAACAGUGCCAACAGGAACAAUAAGUCCGGAAGAAUUGAAAGAGCAAACCAGCCCAGACUUCAAUCUCAAAAAGAAAAUUACAUCAGCUAUCGAGGAUUCUGUUAUUAUAGCAGCUACACAAAGUGAUAAGCAAAGUCCAGAAGGCAUUAAAGAAGGCCUAAUACAGGACCAACCUUUUAAAUCAGUAGAGGUCCCAAGUGUUGUUGUGGUAGAUCAGGAGACGGUAGAAUCUGUCAUACAAGAGCCAAACAACGCUCCUGAAGGAGCUCACACAAUCAACUCUGAGAUGAAGGACUCAAAUCCACAAGUCAGUUCACCCAACAGGCGAAGAAAGAUGGGCUCCACCCGCAGGAACCUUGGAUCACGAUCCAAAGUGGAAAACUCAAAUCGAAAGCAAGACCUGGAUAGAGAGGAUGUAAAUGUUGGCGAUAUUUCCCCUGAAAGUGUCGCUGAAAAGGAGCCACCGAUAAAUGAUCAGCAGGAAAGCAGUGACUCUGAGCAAAGGAAAGAGAAGGUGUUUGAAACAGUGGAAUUGAGUCACACUGGUGAAUCUCAGGGGAAAUCUCCAGCUCAGCAAACACUCGAAGAAAAUCCUGAUUCCCUCAGUCAACAAGCAGAAACAGAGCCUCAUCUAACCCCAGAUCACCUCACUGCAUUAUCCCCUCAUGAUGUUACGUCAGAAUCAGCAGCUGGAGGGAGAAGAAGAAAGAUGGGAUCUAGCCGGAAGUCACGUGGACCUCAAAAGGAUGACGACAGCAUGAUGAGUGCACAAAAAGAGAGAGAUGCGAUUCUGACUGAUGAAAGUGUCCACAAGACAACGCAAGAGCACAGAGAAGAGUCUUCGGGCCUGGAGGAAAAACUAGAGGUGGACGAAAGUGUGAAACAAUCAUCAUCCGGUGUCAGCUUCUCAAACACAGCAGAGCACUCGAGGCCUUUGAGUGGGAAGGCACCUGAAAGAGGGACUCCGGUUCAACAGCACGAUGCUGAAAUGCGCCUGAGACAAGAGAGUCAAAAGACUUUUUCUUUGGCAGGUGAUUCCAGAGGAGCAGACAUCGGAUCAAAACGUUACAACGUGAUGCUGGUUGGAGACAGCAGCGUAGGCAAGACCUCCCUGAUGCAAAGAGCUCAAAGUGGGAAGUUUUCAUUCGAAAUACCCGCCUCAAUCGGCCUUGACACCUCUUUGUGGACUGUGGUGGUGGAUGGAAAGCCUGUGGUGCUCCAGUUAUGGGACACAGCGGGUCAGGAAAGGUUUCACAGCAUCACCAGGCAGGUUUUUCAUAAAGCGCAGGCGUUUCUCCUGAUGUACGACAUCACGUGUUCUCAGAGCUUCACCGCCAUCAGCUACUGGGCAAACUGCAUCCAGGAAGCUGCACCCGAAGACGUGACCAUUUUACUUCUUGGGAACAAAAGUGAUAGUGAAAAACGGCAGGUCAACACUGAGGAGGGAGAAAUCCUCGCCAAGGAGUACAACUUUGAAUUCAUGGAGUGCAGCGCUGCCACAGGUGAUAACGUGAUUCACUCUUUGGAAACUGUCGCCAGGAUGUUGAGUGAAAAAGACGACACAAGUGAGGAAGCCAUGGUGUUACACAAAGAGCCCCCCCGGAGCAAAAGUUCAGGAUGUUGCUGAACAUGUGUCGAUGGAGAAACUCGGAUCCAAGUGGAGGUUCUGCUCUCAGGGUUCAUCACAACUGUUCUUCUAAUCCAUGGUUACAUUUCCUUUGUACGUCUGCCUUUGGACAUUCGAGUAUUUCUAGCAAGCCUGAACAGGUAAAUGUUUGAUUUAGAUGAUAAUAUAAGAGUAGGAAAUUAUAUGUGUGCUUACUAGGUGUAUGUAUGUGCUAUACACUUAGUGCAGGUGUUGUAUAAUACCAGGAUUCAAAGAACAUCCAAUUUUCUUCUGUAAAAAUGCUAAUUUAUAUUCUAAUUCUCCGUGUGUUUCAUCAAUUUAGAUUUAUUUACCUGCCAUGAAAUACUCUGCAGUACUUUACACGUCCAAUUUCAUAUCGAUGAUCAGAUUAAAUUGAUAUUUAUAGAAGAAUUUUA